AUGCUCCUGGUCAAGCACCGGCUCAUACAGGUUAGCCCGGUGCACGCGAGAGCGAUCUUGGGACUAGACGUCGAAAAAGCCUUUGAUCGCACAGAGUACAAGGCCAUCCUCGAGAUCCUCUCCGAGUUGGGGUUGGGCGAGAGGGUUUUCAGCAUAUUCAAGGCUUUUCUCAGGGAUAGGCAAGCUAGCCUCACGCUGGGAGAACUAAAAUCGAAGGUGAUGAACCUGGGAAACAGGGGCACCCCGCAAGGGGGAGGCCCCUCGCCCAUGUUAUUUAACCUAGCAAUGGCCAGAGUCGCAAGGAAACUGGAGCGGAUAGAAGGUAUACGCUUUGCAAUAUACGCCAGUGACCUAACCAUAUGCGGCGCCAACGGUAAUGUAGGCCAAAAGGAGACUAGACUGCAGGAGACCAUACAAACCGUGGAAAGCACACUAGGCAAGAUGGGAAUAAACUGUUCGGCGGCAAAAUCGGAGCUUUUGGUUGUAAAAGUCGAGGCAGGGUUCAAAGACCCCGGGACUAGAUCCCCGGGGAGGAACCCAAGGUUACCUUGA